CACCCUCCUUCUCCCAUUCCCUCUCCAACAAGGAAGGCAUCCCGAAACAACUAUAACUCCAGACUCUCUCUCUCGACUUUUAGUUUCAUCAGAAUCAUGGAGGUCUCCCGCAUCGUCUUGCACCAGGUUACCUGCUUCUCGGGCUCUGCAAUUGAUCGUCAAUUUUCUUCCCUUCCUUCCGGAGCUCCAUGUUCGGGGGAGCUCCGGGUGGCGCCUCGUCGAGUCACGGACUCAAUUUCGGGUUUGAGUCGGGGGUUUACGGACAACGGGAAUUUGCGGUAUUACUAUGCAUCGCCCAGGUGCGGUGCCGGCAAGGAGAAGGCAGCUACCAAGAAGAAGUUGAAACUGCUCAAACGGUUGUCUAAGGACUUGCCUGUGUUGUCCGCCGCGCUCUUCGGCGCGGACCCUGAAUCGGCUUUGAGUGGCCAGGUUAAAGACAAGAUGAUCGCGGAAGCGUCAGAGGUAUUGCUGAAACGACUUGAGGAGAUGAGGGCAGAGGAGAAGCGGAAAAAGAAAGAAGAGAAGGCGAGGAGGAAGGGGAUGCGGGAGUGCGAGUUGUCAUCUGAAUCAAGUGGGAGCGAUUGUGGGGAGGUAGUUGAAUUGAGGAGGGUGAGAGGGGAAGCGGGAAUGGAGAUGUCUGUGGAGAAAGAGGAAGAAGAAGAAGGAAGUGGAGAUGGGGUUAGCAAGAGAAUUGAGGUGUGCAUGGGGAACAAGUGCAGGAAAUCGGGAGGGGCAGCUUUGAUGGAAGAAUUUGAGAGGGUAAUGGGCGUAGAAGGUGCUGUUGUCGGGUGCAAGUGUAUGGGAAAGUGCAGGGAUGGCCCCAACGUCAAGGUGGUGGAGGGUGGUGGAGGGAGGAAUCCUCUGUGCAUAGGUGUUGGGUUGGAGGAUGUUGGGCUUAUAGUUGCUAAUUUACUCGGAGAAGAUAGCCAGCGUUUUUGUUUGUCUCCAGCAACUUAGAUAUAAAAUCAACUUCCAUCUUCUUUUAUUACCUUAUAGCUUUUUCUUCUAGCCAAAUGUACAAAUUUUCUUAUAAAUAUAAAUAUGGUAACAAUAGUUAAUUAAUAA